UGCUAUAUGUCGCCAUCUUUUAUUAGAAUUGGGCAGCUGUUUCGCCUGAAAUCGUAAAAUUAAGGCAAAUAACGAAUUCCGGCGUCCUUUUCAACUCCUUGUUUAUUAGUAAUUAAGUGCCGGCAAAAAUGCCGAGGAGAGGGAAAAAGGACGAGGACUCCGAGGAUCUGCAGUCCUUCCUCAGCAAUUUCCACAAAGAAAUUGAGGGCAGCAGCGAUGACAAGGUGGUGCACACAAUCCUGAAGGCCAUUCGCGCCGAGGAUGGCGAUUUGGACGAGGAGGAGGAGCAGGACGCGGAGGCUGGCAAGUCGAAGCCGGAGGAGGAGGAGGAGGCAGAGGAGGAUGCGGAGGAGGAGGAUGACGACGACGACGACGAGGAUAAGUACUUCAUAGAUGACGAGGGCAACUGCUACAUCAAGACGACGCCCAAGAAGCAAAAGGAGCUGCAGAAGAAGCUCAAACAGGCGGCAGCGAGGCCCGGAAGACCAACACGUUCCGUGGUCAGCAAAGCCACCAAUAAAGCCAUCAAUCUACGCCCGGCCAAAUCGCCACCAAAAGCCGCCGCAUCGAAAACUUCACCAGAACGCAAACCCAUCAGCGUUCGUCCAGCGCGAGCAGCUGCUGUCAAGUCCAAGCAGAUUGAUUUACCACCUCCAGCGGCUCCAGCUCCCAAAGUACCAGCCACCAGGGGCAGGCCCAGGAAGAACCCCGUUGUACCUAAACUCGAACCCAUGGAUCUUGAGCGGGAGAUCGAGGAGCUGGUGGAUGAUCCUGACAUCAGUUCAGUGGUCAGCGAUCUGGCGGACUAUGCAGUGGACAGUGCUGCCGUAGAAGCAGCUACCUCUGUCCUAGAACCAAACGAGAAUGAGGUGUACGAUUUCGAGGACAGCGCUGCUGUAGAGACGGCAGAUGAUAAAAAGGACCUGGACUAUGUAGUGAGCAGCAAGGAGGUGAAGCUGAAGCCAGCCGCCCAGAAUGCGACUGCCUCGGGAAACAAGUACUCAUGCCCGAACUGUCCGUACACGGCCAACAAAAAGUUUUUGAUCUCCCGCCACUGCCGGAACCACGAUGUCGUGCCGUCCUUCAAGUGCUCCAUCUGCGAGAGGUCCUUUCGAACGAAUGUGAGCCUGCAGAACCACGUGAACACACACAUGGGCAAGAAGCCGCACAAGUGCAAGUCUUGCGAGAGCGCCUUCACUACCAGCGGCGAGUUGAUCCGGCAUACGCGCUACAAGCACACCAAGGAAAAGCCACACAAGUGCACGGAAUGCAGCUACGCCAGCGUGGAGCUGACCAAGCUGCGCCGCCACAUGACCUGCCAUACGGGCGAGAGACCAUUUCAGUGUCCGCACUGUACCUACGCCUCGCAGGAUAUGUUCAAGCUGAAGCGGCACUUGGUUAUCCAUACUGGCGAAAAGAAGUACCAGUGCGACAUCUGCAAGUCGCGAUUUACGCAGUCCAACUCGUUGAAGGCCCACAAGCUCAUCCACAGCGUGGUGGACAAGCCCGUCUUUCAGUGCACCCUCUGCCCAACCACUUGCGGCCGGAAGGCUGAUCUGCGCAUCCACAUCAAGCACAUGCAUACCUCGGACCAGCCGCUCUCGUGCCGGCGUUGUGGCCAGCAGCUGCCCGAUCGCUACCAGUACAAACUGCACGUGAAGUCCCACGAGGGCGAGAAGUGCUACCGCUGCACACUCUGCAGCUACGCCUCGGUCACCCAGCGCCACCUGGACUCACACAUGCUCAUCCACCUGGACGAGAAGCCGUUCCAGUGUGGACAAUGUCCGCAGGCCUUCCGCCAACGCCAACUGUUGCGCCGCCAUAUGAAUCUCAUUCACAACGAGGAGUAUACGCCGCCGGAGCCGCGCGCCAAGAUGCACAAGUGCCCCACCUGUUCGCGUGAGUUCACCCACAAAGGCAACCUUAUGCGGCAUAUGGAGAUGCACGACAAUUCUGUGAAUGCUCGCGAGAAGCAGCGCCGCCUGAAAAUGGGCAGAAAUCUGCGUCUGCAGAAGGAUGGCACUGUCGUCGCGGUAGUCAAAGAGCAAGACUUCAUGGAAUUGGACGAAGACGGUGAUGAGGACAAUCCGGAGAGCUAUGACCUGGCUGAAAUUGAACCGGAGAACUCAGAGGAAGAGAACAUUGAAGAGGAGGAAAUCUUACCUGACAAGCCCACACCCGUUAUUAUUAACAAACAGGCCAGACUUGCGGGCUCCGACAACCAGCCCACGAUCAUCAAUCGACGCCUUCGAGCCCACGGCAGCACCAAGACGUUCCAUAUCAAGGAAGAGCCGGACAACUCGGACUUUACAGUGGAACUUCAAGACGGCGGGGUAAUGGUCGUUGAACUAGUUAACGGAGACGAGGAGGUGGUGGUUAAACGCGAACCGAGCGCAGCCUCCAAGAUUAGUGCCAGCAACUGCUUUGGUUUCGAGGAGGAUGAUGAUUUUGAUGAAUUCCCGGAAAACGAAGUUACUGGAACUUCACAGGAGUUUCUGCAACUAAUGGAUAUGAUUGAGCAGGAUACUUAGUCCCCUGAAAAACAAAAUGUGGAGGAAAGUAAUUAAGACUAACUUAUGUACAUACCAAGGAUACGAUAACGAUUACACGUUACAUUGUUUUCUAAUUAAAUACAAACUAAAAAUGUUUAAAAAUAUAUUUCACGGGUAA